UGUGCUUAUUCUCUGGCUUUUCGCUAUCGUACUCUGGAGCCCGAGUGGCAAAGAAUAGCUUUUAUCUCUGCUCCCCCAUGAUGGUUAUUAAAGAGAGUACAUCAGCAUCUUGCUCAAAAACAAAAAAAAAAGGAAAAAAAAAUCCGCCCCCUCCUCCCGGCCCCCCACCCGAUGUUCCAGGGGCAAAUCUACGAAGGGAUAUCAGGCACAGCUCUGGCCGUUCCGUGGCUUUGCGAAACUCCUGACGUUUUGCAACAUUGCAUAAACAUAAAACAAUCCAUCCUUGAUAUGGAAUGCAAGGGCGGAUGACAGCGCAGCGCAGCCCCCUCGGCGGCGAUUGAUUUACGCCGCGCCUGACGCUUUAUCAGGCACACGAAAAAAGUUUGACCAAUCAUUUUGCUGGGAGCUCACAACACAGCAGCCCAACUGUACUUUGUUGGCUAGGAAGUUGGAGAAGGGGGUCGAGUACAAAUCUAGAUCUGUCCUACAUAUUUUUUUCCCUUCAUUGAACCGUGCUUUGUAUGAUGUCUGAGAAUGUCCAUUUCUGGAACUCUUAGCAAUUACUAUGUCGACUCUAUUAUAAGUCAUGAAAGUGAAGACUCGCCUUCAGCUAAAUUUUCAUCUGGGCAAUAUACAAGUUCCAGGCAAGCUGGGCAUAAUGAGCAUCUAGAAUUCCCCUCCUGUAGUUUCCAGCCAAAACCUCCAGUUUUCAGCGCCUCCUGGACUCCUUUGAAUCCACAUUCUUCGGGUACCCUUCCUGCCGUCUACCAUCCAUAUAUUCAACAUCAAAGCGUCCCAUCUGAUAGCAGGUAUCUACGGAGCUGGCUGGACCCCGUGCCCCGAGCAGAGAGCCUCCCCGGGCAGGGAUCCGUUAAAGCCGAGCCGCUGCUGGGCCGGCCCGGGGAUGUCCAUAAACAGGGCACACAGGAGUACAAUUUAGAAACUUCUGCUGCAAGGGAAGGGAUCGUUUCCAAUCAAAGGCCCAGCUUCGAGGACAAUAAAGUUUGUGAAGGAAGCGAAGACAAAGACAGGACAGAUCAAACCAACCCAGCUGCCAGCUGGCUGCACGCCCGUUCCUCCAGGAAAAAACGAUGCCCUUACACGAAAUACCAGACCCUGGAACUAGAGAAGGAGUUUUUAUUCAAUAUGUACCUGACGAGGGACCGUAGACACGAAGUGGCCAGACUCCUCAACCUGAGUGAAAGACAAGUCAAAAUCUGGUUUCAGAACCGAAGGAUGAAAAUGAAGAAAAUGAACAAGGAGCAGGGCAAGGAAUGAGCCCCCGAGAGCAGCAUCCUCCCCCCGCCCCCCCGCGCCCCCGCCCCGGCAGCGCAUCCGACCGCAGCGCUGCCGAACAGCCCCGCGCCCCGGGAAGGGCUUCCCGCUUCCACCUUUGCAUGCGACAUGUUGACUAUUAUUCUUUUCCUCCUCUUAGCGUUGCCACGUAGGAGGCAACUUAGCCAGAACUGCAGCUCCUUUUUGGGGACACACGCUGGGUUUUGUUUCUGUUCUCCUGUGCUCUUUCUCUAUUUUUUCCCCCCUCUUUUCUUCUCCCUGCAGUGUGACACAGGCACAGGCAGCAGCUCGCUCUGCUUGCGCGUUCCGCGCGGAAGGCAAGACGGCGAACAAAACCGGCCACAAACAGCUCUGGCCCAAGCCCCCAGCAAACCGCGCUGUCUUGCUUUAGCCACGUAAGGACAAUGAUUCCCUAUAACGCUCACAGCUCCCGGCGCACACACGCACACACACGCACACACACACACACACACACACACACACACACACACACACCCCGAGGUGGCCAAGGAACCAGACGAUUUAAUUAAACUACUGCAAGACAGACACAUUCGUAAGACUUGCGUUUAAUUGCACCCAACAAAUCAUUUUCAAUUCGCCGACUUUAUACCGGGGUAGUCGAUUAAUGAGCGCCCAACUCCCAACUGCGCUGGGUUUCCUUAUGAUUAUUUUUUUGCUUUAUUAUUCGGGUUUUUUUAUUUUAAUCGUGCCAUAGCAGAUAUGUGACUUUGACCUGCAAGUUUAGUAGGCUCUUUACAGGCAAGCCGCCUCAUCUGGUAGUUUUAUACUGGGUCACUUGGAAGAGGAGAAAAGACGGGGAGGGAGGCGAGAGAGUGUGCGGGGGGCACUCUCAGAGCCGCAUUGUAAAUUAUUUAGGAGAAAAAGGGGCGGAAGAACCCCUGCCAACUUAUUCCUAACUUUUAGAGCAGGGAAAGAAUGGGAUUUUCUAGUUAAAAAAAAACUACCUUAGCAGAGCUGCAAGGGACGGGAAGGUUGUGUUCUUAGUGCUAGCAUAUUUAUAAUUUAUUGUGAAUUGACUUUUCCUAAAAGCAGUAGGCUGUUGCAGAGAUAAAGUGCCAACCAUAGCGUGUGUGUCUUUCCUUCCCCUCCUGUUCGCUGCGAUGCUGAAGCCCGGAGCGGUUUUCGCCGGCUCCGCUAGAGCCCAGCUCCCGGCGGGGCCGGGGCCGGUGUCGGGGCCGGUGUCGGGGCCGGUGCCGGCGGGGCGCAGCGCCCCGGGCCGCGGCCGCGGGGGGCCCCGGGCCCCCGGCCCCGCCGAGCAGCGCCUCUAAGGAACACGGACCCCGCCGGUUCGCGUUGGACCGGCCGCAGCUGAGUCCUCGCCUGACAGAUCCGCCGGAGGUUUCUCGAAACGGCCCGGGCAGGGCUGGUUUUUCCUUUAUCUCUGUAAGACUUAACUUUGUUUUGGGAAGGGGGGAGGGAGGGGGCGGAGGGGGGGGUUAGUACCAGUUGAUUAUAUGGUGGGUAUUGUAAAAUGUGCUUGUGGUUGUGUUUCUGUGAAUGUUGAAGCUUGUUUUUCUGUUUCUGAUGUGGCUUUUCAGUAUACGAGGAGUUCUGCCGUUGUUAGUUGAUGGAAAAUAUCGAAAUAAACCUCUCUCUUUUUCUUCGUGUGCACAUUUGUAUACCAGCUGCCAGGAGUCUUUCUAGGAACAACACGAGCGUAAGGUGGCUCGUUUUAAUAGGGUGGGGGAAAAAAAAAGAGGAAAGAAAUCUAUUUCUGAUGUAUGUGUGAACGAACCGGUGCAAAUCUAAUUUCAUAAGCGACUAACCUGGGUCUACUCAGCGUGAGAGUGUGGUUGGACCACUUCUGUCUGCUGAGCAGGGAUUGCUCUGCGGAGAAGUGCUAGGCAGAUUUGCGUUUGGGGAAAGUGUUCCUGUUUGGGUUUUGUUUUUUUUCCCCCCGAUCCAGAGAUAAGAAUCAAGUAGCUGCGCCUUGUGCACACCGAGCUCUGCACCGCUGCAGUUCCUUGGGGGGGGGGGGGGAGAUCUUUCACUCCACCAGAAACCAGACCUUAGGUGUUUAAGCUCAUUCCUCAGAAAGUUUUUUUUUUUUUAAUGCCUAGACUUUCUCGUGUAAAACUUUCCAUCGUGAAAUAGCUCCUUGGGGGCUUUAAAAUUUAACUAUUCGGUUACCAGAGUGAGUUAACUGUAACCCAGCUUCACCCUGUGUCAAAAACCCUACUCUCCUUCCUCGAAAUUAAAUUAAGAAAAGCUGGUUCGGAGACAUUUUGAGCUGGAGAAAAAAGUUUGUGGCGGCAAGAUCACUUCCCUAAUCCCGGAUUUAUAUAUAUAUAUACCAAAAAAAAAAAAAAAAGAGAGAGAGAGAGAGAGAGAGAGAUAGUGAGUAGAAAAAGAUGAUUUAGAUCCGUUUAAGCUAGGCAGCCUAAUUUUUCAUUUUUGUUGGAUUCUUCUCACUUAAUGAAGGAUGGAUGAAUCUCACGUCUGCUUUAUGCUGGAUUAAUGUACUCCCCAUAUCUCGAAUUGCGUAUGGACUUGCUUAAGUACUUACUACUAUAUUUUUCAAAACCGUACCCAUGACUUAAUUGAUGUGUUCAACCUUUUGGCCACUAGAAUUUAGAAACGUUUUUCACUUUCCUUAGACUUGUGGUAAAGAGCGGAUAUUUUUAAGGCAACAGGAUAAGGUUCUUUUUAAAUAGAAUUUAAAAUGUUAGUUCAUUUUUAUUAGGAAAUAUGCUUACUUAAAAAAUGUUGGAACAACUGUCUUCUGUAGCAUCAGCCCGGAUGUAUUUUCCAGAGAUGUUUAAUGCUCCAGAAUAAAAAUCGAUUUUAGAACAACA